ACUGCGAAACACGUCCCCGAGAGGACAAGAGUCCGGUCUCAGUCAGACUGGAGACAUGUUUCUGUCCGAGUCGGAGGAUGAACUGGAGGAGCGCGGCUCGGACCCAGACUCUGAGAGCAGCACGUGCAGCCUGGAGAAGGAAGAGGAGGAGGAGGAGGAGGAGGAGGAUGAUGAUGAAGACUUCACUCCUGGAGGUUUGACGAGAGGAUCAGAACAAGAUGACUUCACUGAUGAGGACAGUUCAGAUGCAGAGUGGAAUAAUACGCCCACAAAGAGAAGAGCUACUGGAAAGCGCUGCCGCUCCGUCUCUGUUUCUCCAGCAGCGUCGAACCUCAAGUCUCCAUCUAAGACUUGUGAGCAUCGACCUCCCAGCAAGAGGAUCCACGAUGCAUCUAAAGGCUCCUCCUCCUCCUCCCCUCGUACUCGUGGGACAAUCUCCUCUCCACGCAGGAAGAGACAAGCGGAAAGACGGCUUGUGGUUGAGGAAGAGGAAGGAGCAGAUGAUGGAGACCGGUGGCAGAACGUCACUGAGGAUGAUGUCGAGCCUCCUCAGCCGCGGUUCAGACCCGAGAGGGACGUGGGACCACAGCUGAACAGAACUGCAAAUUACACACCUCUCGAACUCUUCCAGCUGUUCUUCUCCACGACUGUAAUCGACACUUUGGUGAGAAACACCAACGCCUAUGGGAGGAAGAAAUAUCAAAACCACAGGGAAACCUGGGUCCAGGUCACAGCGGCAGACAUGUACUCCUUCAUCAGCCUUGUCCUCUACAUGGGGCUCGUCCCGCUAAAAACUCUGAAAGAGUUCUGGAGAGGGACUCAGCUGUUCAGCCUGCCGUUCCCUGCCUCCGUCAUGCCCUGCAGACGCUUCCUCACCAUUUCCCGCAGCCUACACAUGAACGAUCCCGCAGCUGAAGCAGCAAACGACACAAAGAAAGGGACUCCAGCUUAUGACAGACUUUGCAAAAUAAAGCCCCUCUAUCAGCAGAUCUUGGAGGCCUGCUACACUUUCUUUCAUCCUCACCAGCACAUCUCCAUAGAUGAACGCAUGGUGGCGAGUAAAGCCAGGAUUGGGCUCAAGCAGUAUAUUAAAAACAAGCCUACUAAAUGGGGCUUCAAGCUUUUUGUUUUAGCCGACUCGGCGUGUGGAUACACCCUGAACUUUUUCGUGUACGGGGGAAGGGAUGGUGAACCCACAGGGAAGGGGCUCAGCUAUGAUGCUGUCAUGAGACUGCUGAAGAUACCCUUCCUAGGCAAAGGCUAUAAGCUCUACGUGGACAACUAUUACACCAGUCCAACACUAUUCCUUGACCUCCUUCAGAGGAAGAUCUGGGCGUGCGGCACCGUGCGUUCCAAUAUCACUGGUUACCCCAAAACGAAAAGGAACGACAUGGACAAGAAAACAAUAAAGGGAACAAUCCGGUGGAUCAGAAAGGGGAACCUGUUGUUUGUCAAGUGGUUGGACGCCCGCGAGGUAACGAUGUGCUCCACUAUGCACAAAGCCUACAGCGACGACACGGCCAAGCGCCGAGUGAAAAACAAAGACGGAGAGUGGACGGUGAAGCUGGUGCCUAUUCCAGACUGCAUCAAAGAUUACAACCGGCACAUGGGCGGCGUCGACUUGUCGGACGCGCUCAUCGGAUACUACAAAGUCCUCCACAAGACCCAGAAAUGGUACAAGACUCUGUUCUAUCAUUUUGUGGACAUCGCCACUGUGAACUCCUUCAUCCUCCACAAGGAAAUGUGCAAACUGCAGAACCGGCCUAUAGUUACACAGAAAACGUUCAGGGAACAACUGAUUUUGUCCCUGGCUGAGAUCGGGUCCACUCCGCGCCGGUCGGCUCCACAAAACUUCAUGUUGCCUGCUUCUCCUCUCAAAGUCCCACCGACCUCCCGAACAGCCCCAGCCCCGUCCUCACUGGCCCCAGCCGCCAAUGGGCCGUCAGCCUGCACAUCUGCAGUAACCCCUGGAUCUCCAUCUACAGCGCGACCACCUUCUCUGACCGCCGACGUGCCCCCCACUGCAGCUGCUGGGGCUCCAGGUCUAGGGCACCUGCCGUCUUACUUUGUAGAACAAAUGAGCAACGUGGCCCCCAGAUAUCGGGCCACCGCCGGCAGACGGGCAUGUGUGGUCUGCAAGAGAAAGUCGUCGGUCUAUUGCAGCACCUGCCAGAAAACACUUUGUUUCACUACUUUGAGGAACUGCUACAGCGAGUGGCACAGGCGCAACAACGUCUGCAUGUGAGGCCGUUAAAACUAACUGUUAAAUGACUGCAUUCCUAAUGCUCCUCUUCUUUAUCUCUUUAUUACCCAUUCAAAUACCUCAAAGUGUUUCUAAGACAUAUUCUUAUGGAGAAGGGGCCACUGAUUUCAAUGCUUUAAUACAUUUUUUUUUUAUCAAAUAAAGUUCAUGGUCCAGAUAAAUUAAAUUAAAAAGGAUUAAAAGCUGAACUAUCAUCGUGCCUUUGACCAGCGAGCUCACACCCGGUGAUUCAGGGAUUCAGUUUCUUAAGCAGAGACACACUCAACACUUGUCUGGAAGGCUGCUGCAGAACCAGAAGCCUCAUUCCGUCUGCUUUCAUUAGAGAAACUGUGGAUUGACAGUUGUUUUUAUACUUUAAUGUGCACUAGUUUCACCAUUUUAUAUUUAGAAUAUGACGUUUACAUGAAACACAAGAGUUUCUGCUUAUUCAGAUAUUUGUUUCUGACACCAUCCAGGUUUUUUUUGGGUUGUGUGGUUGGCACGGAGACGUGUUUGUGACUUUUUGGCAUCUCGGCUAAUCUUUGACAUUUCCACCUACCUCAGCUGUGGAGGAUGAAGCCAACUUGGUUUCUGGCUGCGUUUAACACGCUCAGCUAGAUUUGGCUUCUGCGGCUCGACUUCCAGGGACCACGGUACUGUGACUCGGGUCCAGGAUUAUUAACAAGUAUAUGGACUUGUGUGUGGAUUUCUGAAAUCUAAAUGUUUACACUCACAUACUUUAUAAAACACACUUCGUUACAGUUGACCUGAUGGACUCUACCUCACUCCACAGAUAAUUCAAUCAAGUCAAACUUAAAUCAUCAGACAUGUUUUUAUAUUAUAAAAUAUAUAUAUAUUACUAGUCUUCCACUGGAAACACGUUACAGCUGUUUAUGCAUAUGUAAGAGAUUCUCUGUUUACAGAAAUACAAUAAUAUGGCUUUAUGUAUUGCAUAUUAUUAAAUAUCUAUAAUUAAUAUGGUUUGCUCAUAAGUGAAUGUUGUGGUUUUAAACUCUUCUUUAUGAGCAGAGAAUGACAAACACACACAUUUUAUAAAUCUGAGCUCUAUGAAUUAUGUGUUAUGCCUCCACACUGAAUAAACAAUGCAUAAUAAUUAUUUGAAUGCAUAUAAUUUUUUUCCUAUUGAUGGAAACUUAAUUUUUGAUAUAUUAUGAUCACAUCUCAUAAAGCAGUUCAAUGUUUUGGCACAUUCUUGAUUUUAUGGUAUUUGACAAACUGUUUGUGUUCUUGUAAAAAACAAUACAUUUUUAAAA